AUGUUUCUCGAUCUCAUCCACCAAUAUUUCCAGACUGCCCUCUCGCAGCUACCAGGCCCUGCUCAGCAGCUCUUGCGCAGUCCCUACACCCAAAAAUCUUUAGCCAUUCUCGUCACUCUGAGUGUAGUGUGCUCCCUUAAUCGCUACUUGACUGAACGGGCGCAUAAUAACUGGAUCCGCAUCGGUAAAUGGGUCCCCUCCCGCGAGUUGGUCCUCAUAACGGGUGGCUGCAGUGGCAUCGGGAAACAAGUUGUGAACGACCUGGCGAAUACUGGAGUGCGCGUCAUAAUCCUCGACACAAAUGAACCUGACUUCCCCCUACCCUCAAACGUGGCAUUUUACCGCGCAGAUGUAACUUCCUCUAAGAACAUUGCUGAGGUCGCAGAAUCCAUUCGCAGUGAGCACGGCGAGCCAACAGUGUUGAUCAACAACGCUGGCGUCGGCCACGGCGGCACAAUACUCGAAGAGCCAGAGGCACAUAUCCGACAUACGUUUGAGGUCAACACUCUCUCGCAUUUCCUUACAGUCAAGGAAUUUCUUCCGGCUAUGAUAAAGGUCAACCACGGUCAUAUCAUAACCGUCGCCAGUGUCACCUCCUUCUUAGCACUUGGUACGAUAGUCGAUUACGCAUGCACAAAGGCCAGUGCACUCGCAUUCCACGAGGGUUUACAUCAGGAACUGCGCUACUGGUAUGACGCGCCAAAGGUGCGCACCAGUAUCAUACACCCCAAUUUGGUCCGCACUCCGAUGAUUCAGAGCAUAACUGAUCGGGAGGCCCACUCCCGUCAGCCAAUUAUGGACCCCCAGGUUGUUUCGGAGGCUAUUUGUAGACAAAUUAUCACUCAAAGUAGUGGACAAGUUUUUUUGCCUAAGAGUGUAUCUUCUACUAGCUUUUUGCGGGCUAUGCCUUUUUGGAUGCAGGAGGGUCUUCGGUCGUUUGUUUCGAGGGACUUACGUCGCCAGCGGAAUAAUCAAAAGGCUGAGGCGAAGGUCUCCGGGCUAUAA